AUGGAAAGUACGGAUAAGUUAAAUUUCGUGGAAAGAGCCAAGAGUUUUGUUGGACAUUCCAUUAUGCCAUCAAUGUGGAAGAAGGAAUACUAUAAGUCCGACCAUCUUAUCAAGUAUCAUGCAGAUCAGCUUCCAUCGAAUGUCUAUUUAUUCAAAUGGCUACCACAGGCGGAUCUCCUGAGCCACCCCAAAACAUUGGCGUUCAUAUCGCAUGGAGGCUACAAUAGUUUACAGGAAGCUGUCACAGCCGGCGUUCCAUUGAUAACCGUAGCUCUAUUUGGCGAUCAACCACGAAACGCAAAGUUGGCAGAAAGGCAUCAUUUCGCCAUCAACAUCAGGAAAAGCGAUCUCAAUGCUGACACUAUAGCUGUAGCGCUGCACAAGCUUUUGACUGAUAAGAGCUACUCCCAGAGCAUCAAGCGAUUGUCACAGAUGGUGAAGAAGAAACCUGUAAAAGCAGAUCAUCUCCUGGUCAAAUGGGCUGAAUUUGUUGCCGAAUUCAAAACUCUGGAUAAUCUAGUACCUGGCUGGCACGAAAACUCAAUUUUGUUCAGUAUCAUUCA